ACAAUUUAUACUUACAUGCAUAUUCAUGUUGAUUUUGAUUGAUAGUGGUUUUGUCUUGACAAAAAUGGGAAGACAUGUCUAAUGCUACCCUCUAGAGCAGUUUGCACUUUGAAAACUCCCAACCGAGGUUGGUGUUUAUCGUCACAAGAGUGGAAGUUGUUACCCGAAUCCAGAUUUGGAGAAGGUCUUGUGAGCACAUCUUCUCAUCCCUAUAAGUAUAUCGAUAUAAAAAAAAAAAAAUUGCGAGUAUUGUCACCUCAAACAAAAUAUACAUGUUACCUUGUCUACAAAAUUGAAAGAGGUGGAUGCACGUCUCCUAUGCUGGUGUGGCAUAAAGAUUCGGGUUCAGGUGAAUGGGAGUAUGGUUCUCAUUUCUAUUUAGUUAGUCCUCAAACGCCAAUUAUAAGAACAAAGGCCGGUCAAAACACUCAAAAGCCCCUGUAUAGACCCAAGUUAAAAGGAAUUCCACAACAAAGAAGCGAUGGAUGGAUGGAAGUACAAGUCUGGGAAUUUCAAGUAGAUACAUCCAUGACAGUGAUUCCGAGUCUCCGUCUAGAAUACCUAGGCUGCACGUAUCGUGAAGAGUAUCUUAAAAGGGUUGAUUAUAAUGGGCAUUCAGUUCAGACCCAUAUAGAUCAUUGGAGAUGGAUAAACUCAUGUGGAUGUCGAGGUGUACAAACUCUCAUUUGAGG